UCCAAUGGCCACGGCCGCCCGAGGGGUGGCGGCCAGAUAGGGACUCAGGGAAAAGUGUGCGGAGGCGGUCGCCGCGCAAGGCGGGGUCUGUCCCGGGCCGCGCUGCGUGCCGCGGCGGGGCGGGAAAUGUCAGGCCGUCCCCGCCUGGUGCGGGGUCGUGGGGCCCCGGAGGGCGCGGAGCGCGGGAGGCGAUGGCGUCGGCGGCGUCGAAGCUGCGGGCGGAGGCCGGGCUCGGGGCGCUCCCGCAGCGGGCGCUCGUCCAGUACCUGCGCCUUCUGCGGCUCUACCCUGUGCUCACCAAGGCGGCCACCAGUGGCAUUUUGUCAGCACUUGGGAACUUCCUGGCCCAGAUGAUGGCGAAGCAGCGGAAAAAAGAAAACUCCCAAAAGCUAGAUGUCAGUGGGCCUCUCAGAUACGCCAUUUAUGGGUUCUUCUUCACAGGGCCACUGAGUCACUUCUUCUACCUCUUCAUGGAGCACUGGAUCCCUUCUGAGGUCCCCUGGGCUGGGGUCAAGAGGCUCCUCCUGGACCGCCUCCUCUUUGCACCGGCCUUCCUGUUGUUGUUUCUCCUCGUCAUGAACUUCCUGGAGGGGAGAGACGCAGCUGCUCUCUCUGUCCAGAUAAGAAGAAGCUUCUGGCCGGCGCUGCGCAUGAACUGGAGAGUCUGGACCCCAGUGCAGUUCAUCAACAUCAACUACGUCCCUCUGCAGUUCCGGGUGCUUGUUGCCAACCUGGUGUCUCUGUUCUGGUACAUCUACCUGGCCUCUCUGGGGAAGUGAAGAUGGCCUGGAGUGAACACACCCAGCUGUGUAGGGACACACCUGCCUAGGGUGAGAGAGCACAAACCACCUGGUCAAGACUGUAGCUGACUCCAGAUCACGUGGUUCAAGAUGGCGAAACAAUCUGUUAAUGUAAGAAUCUCGUGUUUUAAAAAGGUAGAAACUGUCUUCAGGUGAUGCUGCCUCAGAGUCGUAGAAUGCAGUAGCAAUGAUUGCACUUGUCACCCUGAAUUGAGUUAGGACAACAAUAAACUAUAAUGUAGCCUUUUCCGUGAUUUCUCAGAAUAAUUGCUGUCACUUUGGAAGAAGAAAUGGGUGGCUAGAGGGCUGAUUUUUUUUUUUUUUACUUUAAAAAAAGUUGUGGUUAAAUCUGUUCUACAACUGCUGACCUCCGUGGAGCCGUUGGAAAAGGGCCCUUCUAGAGCAGGAUUUCGCCCUGCGAGAACCAUAUGCCACCUUUCAGUGGAUUUUCUGCUCUGUUAUCACUCAUUCGUUAACCUUCCUUCUCACCUUUUCUCAUUCUCAAUAUCCCAUUGUUGUUUCAUAGCUACAAUACCCUUGGAUCUUAAUUUUAUAUUAAAAAAUCUCUCUUCUGUUGCAUAUGCUGUUUCUAUUUUCCCAGGGUUCACUUUUUUUUUUCUUUCCUUCCUGUUUUGCUCUUUCUCCCAAUCAGGAUUUCCCCCAAAGUCUGCUAAUCAUACAUCAGUGUUUAAGAGUCAGAGCCACUCAGAUGGUACCCUCA